AUGGAGCCAACCGCCAUCCGCGCAAGUACGGGAGCAAGCUCAACCAGACCCACGCAACAAGAUGGAUCUAUCAUAACGCAAGAAACAGAGUGCUUGUUUGCCAUCAUGAAAAACGGCCGAGUACUCUUGUUUGCCAUGCGAAUAUGGCCUACCCAGACCGGCGCAACGAUAAUGCAGUUGCUCAAGAAGGAGUAUAAUGCAUCCGCGUCAACUCAGCGUUGGUUUGCCACACGCGUCGUCAUUGAAGAUGCCGUCAUAUCUCCGUUGUGUAUCGGCGAAUGCGAAGCUCAAGACUACCCGCGCGAAGUCAUCGUUGAGAGUAGUACACCUCGCGAGGAUCUUGCUGAAGCAUUCAUAACUCCUUCUAUCCUGCGUGGAUCUGCGUUCGUGUCGCUGAACGGCCAGUUUAUAACGGGCCAGACAGUCGGUACCCGUCCGUGUCAUGCAAUCCUCAUCAAGAAGACUGUCUGUAAGAUAACUGUCGCAGUGGUUCUUCUUAUGGCGAUACUACUCUCUGUUACCUUUGGCUGUGUUGCUGGUUUCUGGACUGGAGAUGCGAAGAUAGGGCUGGCUCUUGCGUGUAAGGCUGAACCGAAAGUGUGCGAGCCGUGUCGCAACCAACCUUCUACCGCGCCAAGCAUUAGCAGACUCUCUUAUCGGUGGCAGAUCACGCAGCACGCCGUGCUAAUGGUCAGCCUGCUCCGGGACCCUAUGGCGGCCUUGCCGAGCGUGGGGUAUGGCGCAGCUGAAGUGCGCCCAAAUGAUCAACGAGGCUGGCUACCUACACACACACACAAGUCCACCUGCAGCUCGUGA